AUGGGAGAAGCAAUCUCUCUGUCUCUUUAUUUCUUUUACUCUCCUGUUCAUUUUCCUUUCUCUCUCUCUCUCUCUCUCUCUUUCUUUCUUUCUCUUACAUGCAUACACUCUUCCUCUCUCUUAUUCUCUCACUCUAUCUCUCUCUUUCUUUUCUCUCUCUUUGUCUUUUUCCGCCUCUUCUUUUUUUUCUCCAUUCUCCCUCUCUCAUACUCCUUCACUCUAUCUCUUUCUUUCUCUCUUUCAUUCGCUCUUUUCUAUCGCAUAUAUUUCUCAUUCAAUCUCUCCCAUCCCAUUUCUCUAUCUCCCUUUCUUUCUAUUGUGUCUUCUCUCUCUAUCUCUCUUUCUUCCUCUCUCUGUCGUUUUCUGUCACUUUCUUUUCCCCAUUCUAAAUCUCUCACACUCUUUAUCUCAUCCGCUACUCUUUUACUUUCUCUCUCUCAUUCUUUCUUUCCCUAUUUAUCUCUUCACACAUUUUAUCUCUUUCUUACUCUUUCUUUCUCUUUCUCCCUCCCUUUUUCUUUCUCUCCCUACCUCUCUCUCUCUCUUUCCUCUCCUACUCUCUCUUUUGUGUAUCCGUGUGUGAAGACUCACGCAUAUUUUAACGAACUGCCAAAUAUGCACGUCAACGUUGCUUUUUUUUAA